AUGGCAGCUGCUUGGGUAUACUUGAUUGAGGAUAAAACAUCCUCGGCAAUGCUGCAACUAGUGGUGAUAGUUUUUGCCAUUUGGGCGUUGCAGUUCAUCAUUCCAGAGACGAAGCGGCAAAGACAGCGAAAGCUGCUAAGGGAAUGGGACAUACUACCAAACGGCUCAGCAAAACAAAAUUCCCUCACAACUUUAAAGUCCAAGGGGCAUGAACAUAUUCUCACGAAAUCUCGCAGCCUCCAAGUACUGCUCCCAUCCGGACUUUAUGGGCGCGAGACUUAUACCAGAGAAGAUGCGAUAAGCCAUCUCAUCGCCCAGCAACAACGAGAGGGGCCGAAACCACGACAGGAGCCGACCGCUAGCCCCGCCCCUCAGUAUACGCUGGUGCCAUCCGAGAGGCCUUUGCCGUCGAGAGAACAAUCAUGCGUGUCCGGCCACUCGUCAGUUGCCCUGACGCCGCGUAACCACGCCGUGGUCCCAUCGCGACAGCAGCCCAUUCCCCCGAUGCCUGCCCAGCAACCAAUACUUCUGGUUCCGCAGCCAAGAAAAAAGAAGACCCCGGCCCGUCUAUCUCACAUGCCAUCCGAGUUUCUACGGAUGGUAGCCUCGCAGCUGCCGCCUUUGGCUCUCAUGUGCUUCGCCGUGACGUGCCGGGCGGCAUACGCGGCCUCUCGCGACCGCUUCACCACCAUCGGGUCGCUGGACCUGCUAGCGACAGAGGCAUUCCUUUUGCUGUGGGAACGGGAACUGGAGCGUCACGUCUAUUGCCACGGUUGCAUGCGUCUGCACGCGUUCCACGCCGAAGGUAAGGAGGUCACACUGCGCCGUUGCCCGCGCCAGGCCGAAGACUUUCGCCUAGGACGGUAUACUCUCCCUUACCUCGUCGCUCGUCUGGCCGUCAAUCGACACAUGUACGGCGAACGCUGCGGCGUCCCCCUCCACGUUCUACGGAUGUGUCGGCGUGUCGAUGAGCCUGCGCCCGGUGUCGAAGAUGACGGCUGGGCGGUCAUGCAGACAGUGCAGGCACGGGUGACAAGCGACGGGGAGCUGGUGGUGGCAUCAACUUGGACCCUUUACAAACGUAUCGGUGCGUUCCCCCGACCGGGAGGGCCGACGCCUACCAUCAAGUCGAGAACAAAGUCCAUCACCGAGGGUAAAUUUGGCUUUGGUAGCAAUGGUGGACUCAGCCGGACAACGACAAUUGGCCGGACACAGAGUAAUGGUCGGCCACAGAGUACGACCAUCAGUCGGGCCCAGAGCACUUCCCGAACUGCAACCACCAGCCGAACACAAAGCACCAGCCGGCCACAGAGCAUCGGCCGGGCACAGACAACCCACACCAGCUGGCCGCAAAGCUUCAGCCGGACCCCAAGCUUCAGCCGGGCGUCAAGUUUCAGCCGAACCAGGAAACUGGUGGACAAGGUCACGAUUCGAACCGACGAAAUGCAGGAAGAUCAGGUGGCGGCCGGUGAGUACCAGAUAUUCGAGCGAGCAGUUGGGCGCUUCUCGGAGCACCUGGCUGUCUGCCCCAGCACACAUCAAUGGGACGCCUACCGUGUCAUGUCGGGCAAGGUGGCCGAGUUUGCGGACCCACGACAGUUGGAGCCGGCCUAUGGCGCGGUUCGGUCGUGCCUCAAGUGCCUGACCGACUACGAGGUCAACAUCAUCGAAGGUGUCGCGCCGGACCAAUUUGGUCGCUAUCACGACAAGCGCCACACAGCACACAUCAACGGCAACGGCAACGGCAACAUCAACGGAAUUCACAUCCCCGACGAAGACGACGGCAAGAGAGUGCUACACACCGACUGGGUUCUGUCAAUGACCAAGUACUGCUACCUAGGUGGGUGCAGGUCUCCUUUCGAGGAGCGGUGGCCCGGCGGCAGCGGGAAUGGACUAGAUGGCAGGAGGACACCAGAAAAAGGGGCGACAGUACGGGACAUGUGGCUAAGAGGAGAUGGUCGGGUUGGGACGGUCGAGAAGUUGGCCGAGGUGGCGGGGGUGGUGGAGUUGAGAAAAGAGCAGCUGAAGCGCUCAUUCAGAUCGAUGCCGUGA